CCUAAUCUUCACUCUUCACUCUUCACUUCUAACUUCUGAGUUCACCGCCUCAGACCUCAGUCUUCACGCCGCCUUCAGCCCUUCAACUUCACACCUUCACCGCUUCACGCUGCCAUCAGCUUCCCGUUCUCCAUCAAAUAUCAAAUCUUUUGAAAAGAUUUGUAUCUGCUUAGGCUUUACAGCCUCACGCACUGCUUCACACCGCCUUCACUUUCACCACUUUACGCUGUCAUCAGCUUCACCGCUUCACGCCACCAUCACCUUCACCGCUUCACGCCGCCUUCACCUUCACCGCUUCACUUGAAGAUGGAAGAUGAAACAAGUCGAACAACCAAUGUCAAUGGAAGUGCACCUCUGGCUCUUACUGAGUCUCUUGAUUCAACACCGGAAGUUGAACAAUAUUCAGUGACUGUGAAGAGGAAAGCUAUAGAAUCAAGAUCUGCUGCUUGGCCGCAUUAUGAUAAGCUCAUAGAAGAUGGAAUUAAUAAAGCAAAGUGCAAGUAUUAUGGUAAAAUUCUCUUAGCUGAUUCAACUAAAAAUGGAACAAGUGGACUGAAUAAACAUUUGAAAACUUGUCCUAAAAAUUCAAAUAAGGCUAACACUUUCAAUUCCAAGUACAAACAAUCAAAUUUAAACUUUCCAUUAGAAGGUGAAAUGCGUGAUGGGGCAAUUUGGACUUUUGAUCAAGAGGCAUCUCAGAGGGCUUUAGUUGAGAUGUUAAUCCUUGAUGAGCUUCCUUUUUGUUUUGUUGAAAAGGAAGGUUUUAAGAAGUUUAUAAAAAAACCCAACCUUUAUUCCGAGUUCCCUCCCAUAGAACAAUGACUAGGGAUUGUUAUGUAGUUUUGGGUGAAGAGAGACAAAAGUUUAUGAAGUAUUUGAAAGAAACAUCACCGAGAGUUUGUCUAACCACAGACACAUGG